AGUCUCUGGUGGCAGUCAGAGUGUGAAGUGAUUUGUUUGCUCUUUUCCAAUUUAACGCCAUUUAAAGUAACGCCAAAUCUAAAGUAGGGGACUUUGUUUUUGCGCUUUGUUCUUAAACUUUUAUUUUAAAUCAACAGCCAAAGAAAAACGAAACGCUAGACGCUCUCUUAACGUUUCUGCGUUCACACACUGGGUAAAAUUCAGUACGUCACUUUAGGUAUAAACAUACAAACGAACAAACUUCAGUAAAAUGAAGUUAAGGGUUAGAGUGAACAAGCAGACGAGCCGAGUGGAGCUUGAGGGACCAGAACCGACUCUGACCCAACUCAGCACCCAGGUCAAAGAGGUCGUGCUGCCUUCAGCUGGACUCAGCACUGAUACAGAAUUUACUCUGUCUCUGAAUGGGAAAGAGCCUCUGGUGGACACAGGACAGACUCUGGCCUCGUGUGGUGUGGUAUCAGGGGACAUGAUAAGUUUAAUUUUGCCUCAUUCUUACUCUUCAUAUUCCUCUGCAUCACCUUCCUCUCGCCAGACACACAACAUUUUAGCUGUUCCACAGAACAAACCGCAGAGUGCCUCUGGAUUAUGUACAUACCAGUCAGGUGCCAGCAGCAGCCACGAGAGCCCAGAGAGAACAUGUGCCCCUGAGACUGAGGAGACUGAUCUGGACAGAGGUGAGGCUGAAGAGGAAGCAAUGGGGAUCUUCAUCCCUGAGCCCAUGCUGUGCUGUGAGGCUGAGGAAGGUAAGGUUCCUCACUCUCUUGAGACACUGUACCAGACUGCGCAGUGCAACAGCACCUCGGACUGCCUGCUGUUAGCGGCCCACGUCUUAUUGCUGGAGACCGGCUUCCUGCCACAGGGUUGUGACGUCAGAGCCGGAGAGAUGCCCAGUGGCUGGCGUGCAACGGGUGGUCUCUACAGGCUGCAGUACUCUCACCCUCUCUGUGAGAACAGCCUGGUUCAGGUGGUUGCUGUGUUGAUGGGCCAAACACUUGUUAUAAAUGCCACUCUGAAGCCAACUGGUGCAAAGGAGAUUUCAUGGAAACUGGCACUGAAACCUGAUGCAUACGUGACUAAGGAGUGGGCAGGUGGAAAUGCUGGACUGGUGUACAAAGAGUUGCAGAAACUGUCUCGUGUUUUUAAGGACCAGUUGUCUUACCCACUCAUUGCAACAGCUAGAGAAGCACUGGGUCUGCCUGCACUGUUUGGUCUGCCUGUGCUUCCUCCUGAGCUGCUUUUAAGGAUAAUGCGGCUGCUGGAUGUUCCCUCCAUCUUAAGGCUGUCUGCAGUAUGCAGAAGCCUGCACUCUGCUACACAAGAUGCCUCACUCUGGAAACACUUUGUAUACCGUGACUUCGGAGCUGAUACUGAGCAGAGAGACACAGACUGGAACAAGAUUUACAAAAAGAAAUUUCAGAUUUACAAAAAGAAGACACGGCACCCAUACAGCAUGACGUGUAACCCUUUCCGAAUUCCCCAAAUUUAUCCUCAUCCCCAAGUGCCCAUCCUUCCUCUACCACUUCCCCCCGGCAUCAUUGGAGGAGAGCAUGAUCAGAGACCUCCUUUUCCACAGGCCAUCCUGCCACGCCCACGUUAUGACCCUAUUGCCCCAUUUCUAGGUCACGAACCACCUAUUGGACUUCCAUUUGGACGCCGUUUGCUGAGGCCAGGAGGAAGCCGAGCACCAGACACCAGGAGAGGCUUCAUCUGAAACCCACAGGAAUUAAAAAAAUCUUAAAAACAGGCAAACUCUCAGAGUAGUAUGCAUGCUCCAAAGACUGGCACAUGUUUUAUUAUCUCCAUAUUCAACAUUCCAGAAUCAAUUAAAUAUAUUGCAAAAAGACAGGGGCAUUUUACUUAACUAGAAAGAAGUCAUGAUUUAUCAUGAAUAAAUAAAUGAUUUUGCUGUCA